AUGUUCCGUUACACUUCGAGAGACCUUCAUCAGGCCUCUCGCUUCCGUCCAAUUUUGAUUCGAAUGUGCUGUUUUAUUUCCCGAUCUGUUUCCGUGCAGAGUUUAUUCAUCAAGCGUAUGCUUGAUCCGAAUCCCGAGAAACGACCUUCUGCGGCAAAUCUGGUUCGUGAUCCGUUAUUGAGUCAGGCAAAGCCGGAACAAUCGCAUUUGCUAUCCUCCGAAGCAGCCGUUGCCCCGGUGGUGGCAGUUUGA